AAACAAAUGUUCCUAUUCCAUGCUUACUUUUAUUACUGUGCAGAGAAGGAAUUAUCUCCAUUUAUUUUCUUGAUGCAUCUUCCGGUUGUUAAGGGCAUUCUCUUUUGUCUAUGUGCUUCUAUAUAUUUAUGCCGCAGCGAGGAACCAAUAAAUCUGUCAAAAAAUGUCUCUGUAUCGGCGCUUAUAGCAUUCGGAGACUCCUUCGUUGAUCAAGGGAAUAAUAACUAUAUCAAGACUUUGGGCAAGGCUAAUUUUCCUCCUUAUGGAAAGGAUUUUGAGGGUGGAAAACCAACCGGAAGGUUCUCCAAUGGGAAAACAAUAGCUGAUAUUUUGGCCGAGGCACUAGGAGUGAAGCAGUAUCUUCCAGCAUAUCUAGACCCUUCCCUACAAGCCAAAGAUCUACUAUCAGGUGUAAGUUUUGCUUCUGGUGGCACUGGUUAUGAUCCGUUAACACCCAAAAUAUCGUCUGCUAUACCACUAUCAGAUCAAUUGGACAACUUCAAACAAUACAUCGGCGAGCUCAAGAGGAACAUUGGGGAAGAAGCUGCCCAGAAUAUAAUCGCCAACAGCGUACUUUUGGUGGUAGCAAGCACCAACGAUCUGCUUAUUACCCUUCCCAUCAGAAGAUUAGAAUAUGAUGUCCCUGCAUAUGUUAACAUGCUGGUAAAAUUAGCCUAUGAGUUUGUACAGGAAAUACACAAACUGGGAGCAAGAAAGAUAGCGGUCUUUAGUGCACCCCCGAUUGGCUGUUUUCCCGCUGUAAGAACCAUAGCUGGAGGUGUAUUUAGAAGCUGCAAAGACGGGGAAAAUGAGGCAGCACUAUUGUACAACACCAUUCUAAAACAACAACUCCAAAUUCUUGCAAGCAAUCUUCCUCAGUCCAGGGUGGCCUUUGUAGAUUUCUACAAUCCUCUGCUAAGCAUCAUUGAAGACCCUAACCAAUAUGGCUUGGAAGUUGUAGAUAGAGGUUGUUGUGGAACCGGAAAGAUAGAGGUGGUUUUUCUUUGUAAUAAUCUAAGCUCAACAUGCUACAACGACUCUAAAUACUUGUUCUGGGAUAGUAUCCACCUAUCAGAGGAAGGAAGUGAAGUCUUCAUAAAUCUCAUUCUACAAAAUUUGGUGAACAGUUUGUUCUACAAUAAUACAUGAGAUGAAUUGUUAGUGUUCAGAUGUAUAAUGCAUGCACCUUGUUAUAUGAAUAAAGGAAGAUGAAUCCAUUUACAUUGGAAUCCAA